CCAGAGCUCUCUUGGACUUUCUCACUUCCAGUCCGUGACCAGCUCAGCUGAAUUGAUGCAGCCCUCCUGGCUGGACACUCACACACACACUUCUGAAAACACUUCAAGCUGUGUUGGCUAUUUAAACUGCUUGGAGUUUCAAUCUGCUGACAAAGGAGGAAGACCAAGAGGACAAUGACAAGCCUGAAGUACAUGUCAGGAUUUGGAAACGAGCAUGCUUCUGAGGACCCACGCUGUCCAGGAGCUCUACCAGAGGGACAGAACAACCCGCAGGUCUGCCCCUACGGCCUCUACGCGGAGCAGCUCUCGGGCUCAGCCUUCACCUGUCCCCGGGCCACCAACAGGAGGAGCUGGCUCUAUCGGAUCCUGCCCUCUGUCUGCCACAAGCCCUUCCAGCCUCUGCACGAGGGCCAUCUGACACACAACUGGGAUGAGAUAGAGCCUGACCCCAACCAGAUGAGAUGGAAGCCCUUUGAAAUACCGAAAGCCUCCCAGAACAAGCUGGACUUUGUGAGCGGUCUGCACACUCUGUGUGGUGCUGGAGAGCCACGAGGACGCAACGGCAUCGCCAUCCACAUCUUCGUCUGCAACACCUCCAUGCUUGACAGAUGCCUUUAUAAUUCAGAUGGUGACUUCCUGAUUGUGCCCCAGCAAGGAAAACUGCUCAUCACAACUGAGUUUGGGAAGAUGCUAGUGGAGCCCAAUGAAAUCUGUGUUAUCCAGCAAGGAAUGCGUUUUAGUGUGGAGGUGUUUGGAGAGACCAGAGGCUACGUCCUGGAGGUGUACGGGGCACACUUUGAGCUACCUGACCUGGGACCCAUUGGAGCCAAUGGCCUGGCGAACCCACGUGACUUCUUGGUGCCAGUAGCAUGGUAUGAGGACCGGAAAAUUCCAGGGGGCUACACAGUUAUCAGCAAGUACCAGGGCAAGCUGUUCGCAGCCCAGCAGGAUUUCUCCCCCUUCAACGUUGUAGCCUGGCAUGGGAACUACACACCAUACAAAUACCAUCUGGAAAACUUUAUGGUCAUUAAUUCUGUCGCUUUUGACCAUGCGGAUCCAUCUAUCUUCACUGUCUUGACAGCCAAGUCGACCCGUCCUGGAGUGGCAAUCGCUGACUUUGUCAUAUUCCCCCCACGAUGGGGGGUUGCCAACAACACCUUCCGGCCGCCUUACUACCACAGGAAUUGCAUGAGUGAGUUCAUGGGGCUCAUCAAAGGCCAUUAUGAAGCAAAGGAGGAGGGCUUCCAGCCUGGAGGGGCCACCUUGCACAGCAUGAUGACUGCACACGGGCCAGACGCUGACUGUUUUGAGAAGGCGAGCAAAGCCAAGUUGGAGCCUGAGAGAGUUGCAGAAGGGACUAUGGCCUUCAUGUUUGAAUCUUCCCUCAGUAUGGCUGUUACUGAGUGGGGCCUCAAGACCUCCAACCGCCUAGAUAAAAACUACUACAAGUGCUGGGAACCUCUGAAAAGCCACUUCAACCCUAACUGCAAGUAAAGAGAUGGAUUUGUCUCUUGCAGUGUGUGAACAAAAACAAGGAAACCCAGCAGACCUAUACGUGGCAGCACAGCCAGCUCAGACAACGAGAGUGCAGAAUGGCACUUCCAGCAGCCACCAAGUUAAUAAAAUGACCAUGCCUAUGUAAUUCGGGAAAUGAAAUGAAAACCACUAUUUUUAGCCUUCAAGUACCCAAUUAAAGCUAUCCUGGUGCCA